AUGUCAAGUGAAGCAACUAAAACCGCUAAGGAACCAUUUGUUCCUAAAUAUGAAAUAGCAACAGGUCUUCACAAAGGUCGUAAAUUAGAAAAAUUUGUAACAAAACGUCUUCGACCAUCACGUCGUACAAGCAAAAAAAGUAAACGUGUCAAAUUUGUUCGUGAUCUUGUUCGUGAACUUGUUGGUUUUAUGCCAUAUGAACGACGAGCUAUGGAAUUAAUGAAAGUUGGCCGUGAUAAACGUGCAUUAAAAUAUGUUAAAGCACGUUUAGGAAGCCAUCAACGUGCAAAAAAGAAACGUGAUGAACUUCAAACUGCUAUAAUUGCACAACGCAAAGGUCAUAAAUAA